AAGACCAGGGACAAAAUGUCGAAUCCUAGGAGAUCCACAAGAAACAAACAUGUCGAGAACCUAUCAUCUUAUGUCGAGCAACAAUGGGAUGAAACAGCGAUGCAUCUCUUAGAAACAACAAGAAAACAAUCAUUAGUUACUACGUUUUCUACAUUAGAUGGUCUAUUAAAUCAAUUGAAGGCAGACACUGGGACAUUGAAGGCAGACACUGAGACAAUGAAGGCAGACAUUGGGACAAUGAAGGCAGACAUUGGGACAUUGAAGGCAGACACUGAGACAAUGAAGGCAGACAUUGGGACAUUGAAGGCAGACACUGAGACAAUGAAGGCAGACAUUGGGACAUUGAAGUCCGAGGUGCAACAGAUAAGAACAGACAUAAAUACCAACAUGAAUCAACUCAAAACAGAGCUUAUUGCUGAAUUCCAAAAUGUUUUGCAACAAAAUAUAUCCCAGGUGAUACAACGUCAGAUAAAAACACUCCUGCUAGACACUGCUAAUAAUAUGGCUUAAUUUAACAAAAUUAAUUAGGAGUAUAUAAUAG